UCCGCGCUGAGGAGGCCGGACGGCGCGGCUGUUGCCGGGACGAUGGCGGGGACGGCGCUCAAGAGGCUGAUGGCCGAGUACAAACGAAUAGUGCCGCCGUUCGCUUAGUUGUUUGGCCAGGAACCCGGCAACAGCCUUGUUCUUUCUCUCUGCCUGCAGAACAGACCCCCCGCCGCUACCCCAGUUCUCACUUACUACUCUGACUCAAGCCAUCAGCUUCCCCAUCUAGACUGUCGUGAACUAACGCUGAAUCCUCCAGAAGGAAUUGUGGCAGGCCCCAUGAAUGAAGAGAACUUUUUCGAGUGGGAGGCACUGAUCAUGGGCCCAGAAGACACCUGCUUUGAGUUCGGGGUCUUUCCUGCCAUCCUGAGCUUCCCGCUGGAUUACCCAUUAAGUCCCCCAAAGAUGAGAUUUACCUGCGAGAUGUUUCAUCCCAACAUCUACCCUGACGGCAGAGUCUGCAUUUCCAUCCUGCACGCCCCGGGCGACGACCCCAUGGGCUACGAGAGCAGCGCCGAGCGCUGGAGCCCCGUGCAGAGCGUGGAGAAGAUCCUGCUGUCGGUGGUGAGCAUGCUGGCAGAGCCCAACGAUGAGAGCGGGGCCAACGUGGACGCUUCUAAGAUGUGGCGGGACGACCGGGAGCAGUUCUGCCGGGUGGCCAGGCAGCUGGCGCAGAAGUCCCUGGGGCUCUGAGGCCCGUCCUCACGCACGCACAGACACGGCGCCCAGCCGCGGCCCGGCUUUCUCUGCUGAACGCAUAGUGACAGUGACACUCUGUGCUGGUACCAAAAAAGGCAAGCUUGCAGAACCACAGCAUCUCUUGUUUUCCCUACCUUUCCCGCUCCAGACAGGCUUCUUUUCUGAAAUUAUGCUGUAUGUAGGACGAUGACAGCCAGAGGCAGUGUUACCGUGUUGCUGGCCUGGCGCUUUGGGGAGAUGCUGACAGCUGUCCCACCCCCUCUCCCGGCCGGGGUGCACACACACAGGCUGUGGCUUCCCUUCUGUCGCAUUGGUGGGGGCGUGUGUGCCACACUGCUGGGGCCUAGAACCAGUAAUGUUCCUUCGAGGGAACGAGGCCUCGCAGCUCGAGCGGUGGCUGGCAGGAGGGCUCUGCGGGCCCGGCCGGGGACGUCACUUGGUUUCAGUGCUUCAUAGUACUUCCUGCCUGUUUCCUUAUAAUCUCGUUACAUCGUUUUUGUUUGUCGUGUGUUACAAACUAUCACACUUAGAGAUACUUUCAGGAAAUAAAUACUUUUUAAAAACACAGAUUGAUGAGAAAUGGGAUGCGUGAAAGAGGUUUCCUGCUGGUUGUGAGGACAGACGCUAUCCUCCCGGUCAUGCUUCGAUCUGUGUCCUCGCUGACUUGCACGUCAUUAGGGCAGGAACACGCGGCCCCGUGUAGACACCGGAGCUCUGAGCUUCGGCAUGUGCGGCCGCAGCGGGAGCCUAACACGGAGACGGACUUGUCCUUUGCAGCGUGGCGUGGGAAGGGAACGCUCACCCUCGUGAGUGCUGGGCGCAGAGGCAUGCCUUAUCCCCGACCUUGGGCGCUGCCCGUUGGGCAGCAUGGUGUGCGGGGGGUGGGGGUGGGGUGUCCCUCUCCCCAGGCCCCAGCGUGGGGGCAAGGCACUUAGCUGUGGUCUGUGAUCUCGCUGCAGCUCCGGAGCCCGCCAGCCUGGGUGGCCCAGCAGUGCAGUGCCAGGGGCUCCGUGAACAAGCAGCAACAGAUGUGUCGCAGACUUGGAUGCCUGGCCGGUUUCAGACACGUUAAAUUUAAGUAGGAAUCUCUAUUUUUGAAAUAAGGGACCGUCUGUAAGACAUACAGUAGGUCACACUUUCCGUUAUCCUGCCCCCCCUUUCGGGCGCUGAGCGGACGCGUCCUUUCUUGGUGUCGCCGGGAGCUGGUGGGAAGGGCUCCGUCCACGCGGGGCUUCUGUAAGGAAACCCAGUUCUUUCUCUCUCGGGGGAACCGUCGUCACGUUGACGUCCAGUAUGAGCACUUGGACCUGGAAGGGCACCAGAAAGGACAGGUGCUGUCCCCAAAUGGGACUUGCAGGCCCCUCCCGCAGAGGGAAGGCGGGCUUUGUGCGGGCGGGACUCCGAGGAGUCUAGAGAAGGAAGAUGGGUGGUCUCUUUGCAAACGAAGUAUUUUUACUCCCUUGUAUUUAUUAAGUGGAAACAAAGAGUCUCGUGUCCUUGCUCUGUGGCGCAGUUUAAUUACUACGUU